GUAAGCCAGGAAACCAGCAUUCACUGGGCACCCAUGAGCCUGUGCCUGAUGUUGUGUGGUGCCAGCUCACUCCAGAGGCUGAUGCAAAUCCCCUCAUUCCUACUCCUCCCUGCCAUGGACAGAGGCUGGGCUGACUGCAAGCCCUUCCAGCCUUUGGGCCAUAUGUUCCUGUGGACAGCUGUGCUAUUCCUGGCUCCUGUGGCCAGGACAUCUGUCCUCCCGAAGGCUGUGGUGAAACUUGAGCCCCCGUGGAUCAACGUGCUCCAGGAGGAUUUGGUGACUCUGACGUGCUGGGGGGCCCACGCCCCCGGGGACUACCGCACCCAGUGGUUCUACAAUGGGAGCUCCCUUCCCACCCAGGCCCAGCCCAGCUACAGGUUUAAGGCCAUGCAAAAUGACAGCGGGGAGUAUAGGUGCCAGACGGGCCAGACCAGCCUCAGCGACCCUGUGCAUUUGGACGUGUUUUCCGAUUGGCUGCUGCUCCAGACCCCUCACCUGGAGUUCCAGGAGGGGGAAAGCAUCACGCUGAGGUGCCACAGCUGGAGGAACAAGCCUCUGACCCAAAUCUCAUUCUUCCAGAAUGGAAUAGCCAAGAAGUUUUCCCAUCUCAAUUCCAGCUUCUCCAUCCCACAAGCAAACCCCAGUCACAGUGGUGACUACUACUGCAAAGGAAAAAUAGGACCGACAGCCCAUUCAUCCCAGUCUGUGGUCAUCACUGUCCAAAGGCCCAAAGACAGCAGCUCUUCGCCGAUGGUGAUGAUUGUGGCUGUGGUCGCUGGAAUUGCUGUAGUGGCCAUUAUCGCUGUCAUAGCAGCCUUGACCUACCGUAAGAGAAAGCAAACUUCAGCCAAUGUCACUGAUGCUGAGGAGGCUGCCAGAGUUGAGGUCGAGAAUACAAUCACCUACUCACUGCUCAUGCACCCGGAGACUGAAGAGACAGAGCCCGAUUACCAGAACCACAUUUAGCUUCUGUUGUCUUGCCCUGGGAUUUGGGAGAAGAAUCAGAGACAAGGAUUUGGUGUCUCCUGGCCUAAAUUUCUGUGGGGGAAGACAAGGGAACACUGCAGUUCCCAAGGAGAAGGACUGUUCCACAGUAAUCUAUAUGAGUCCUGAAGCUCCCUGUGCUAGAGCCACAGACAACACGAUCCCAGAUGACUGACUGUGUCCUCUGUGCCUCAGCACUUCUCCACAUCAAGACUCUUCUGUUAGACACCCACUUAGCCAAUAAAAUUAGUAAAAUUACUGCUAUUAAGAGAUUGUAGCAACAUGGGAAAUGCUUAUGUUAUCAGUUACAAGAACAAUUAUGUAAGUAUAUAUGAUUUCAGAAAUGUUGCAAUAGACUAACCAAUACCAGCACAUUAAAAGUAAUUUUUUUCAG